AAAAAACAAGGAGGAUCCGCUCGAGCGCGUGAAAAACUAGUCAAUAAAGUCGGCGAGCAUUCGGCAAAUGCUCAAGUUUACCGACAGGGCUAUUGAAAGAGUGGUCGGAGACGGAAAAAGCGGCCCGAAGGGCUCGGGGCAAGUCGGUUGGAGGAGCGGCAGAGGCGGCUCUCACAGGGCAUUCGGAGCGAAGAAUGGCGACCGCUUAGCGCGAUGCUUGCUUAGCUAGGCCGCCAUGCCGUGAUCAAGUAGUGCUUCCGCCAUCUUAAAUAGUGCCGUGCUCUAUCGCUCGAUUUCUCCCUUAUUUUCUCAUUUUUCGACCCUUUUUUCCGUCUGGAUGUAAUUUUGAGCCUGUGAACUGGUAAUCAGGACAAAAUUUACGGCACGCGAGUGUGAAUCGGAGUGAAAUCGGUUGGUGGCGGAGGGAGCGACCGCAUUGCAAGUAGUGCGCCGACCCGAUACUGUUGUUUGGCGUUUGCUGAUCUCGCCGAGUGUUUCCACCAAAUUUUGCCGACUUUUUCCGUCGAAUAAUGUAAGGCAUGGGCGUGACCUAACCAUGGCCGCAGUGACCGAACAAGCCCAGGAGCACUUGGCCGAAAAGCCCGAGCCGUUGCCGAACGGCAGCACCAACGGCAACGACAAGCCGCAGUCGCCGCCCGACUUCGGCGGCCGCUUCGACGCGCCCCCGGCCGCAGCCGCCGCCGAAUACCGGCCACCAUACAAACCGGCCUACGGGCCGCAACGCUUCAUGUCGGGCCAAAGUUUGUCGCAGGCCGCGGGACCGACGCCGACGCUGAACCAGCUGCUGCAGAACAACCCGCCCAGGCCCAACUACGACAAUCCGCAGUGGCAGGCCCGGCCGCCCUUCGGCUACCAUCAGGGCCCCUACCGACCGCCACAUCCGCAACAGCAGCCGCAACAGAGACCGUACCUGGCAGGACCAGGCGCACCUCAGCAGGGGCCACAGUACCCGCCCUAUCCCCAGCGUUACCCGACGCCCCCAGGGCCUGGUCGACCCCAGCAGCAGCCACAGCAACCUUACCAGCCGCCUCCUCACCAGAUGCCAGGUGCUCCGUAUGGUUCGCAAAUGUACGGUGAUGGCAGGGGGCCGCAGUGGGGUCCACAGCAACAGGCGCCACCGCAGCAGCAGCAGCCACCGCAGCCUCAACAGUCUCCAGUGCCGCCCCAAGGGCCGGGCACCCCAACCCCUCCGCAGCAGCAGCAGCAGCAGUAUCCCCCUCGACCGGGUCAGCCGGCCACCCCAAACGCACACCCGCCUCCUGACGCUGGGGACCAAAACAGCAAUGACAGUUCCAGCGGCCACGGCGCCGCACCCGGCACGCCAAACUCGCAGCAAGGGUUGAGCAGCAGGCCAACCCCAUCGCCCACGGGUUCUACAGGUUCUCGCUCAAUGUCUCCUGCCGUGCAGGGUCAGCAGCAAAACAUUCCAAUUCCUCCGCGACCCUCAAGUGGGCAGUCGGAGGCACCAGCGGCCCGCAUGAGUCACUCCCCUAUCCAGGCCGGCUACCAGCCCCCGUACCCAAAGCAGGCCCCAUACCCUCAGCAGUACCCCCCGCAACAGGCGGCCCCUCAGCAGCCCCCACCGCCGCCUCAGCAGCAGCAGCAACCGCAACCCCCACCCCAGCAGCCGCCCUACGCCGCUAGGCCCUAUUAUCCCCCUGGGCCUGGGCCGCAAUACCGGGCGAACCACCAAAAUCAGCCCCAGCAGCAACCUCCACCUGGUCAAUACUAUCCAGGCUGGAAGCAGGGCGGGGGCCAGCAGCCACCUCCGCAGCGGCCGCACACGCCUCCCAACUACCUGAAGCAGCACCUGCAGAACAAGAUGAACUUUGGCUAUGGCGGCAUGGGUCCCCCACAGCAGCAGCAACCACAACCGAUGGGCCCGCCGCCGAUGGUGGUGUCAGCGCCGACUGUGGCGCCGCCACCGGGCCCCGACGAGAGCAACGGGGCAACCUCUGUGAUCACGACUGGGCCAGACGGCACACCCCUGGACGACGCCAGCCAGCAGUCGACACUGUCAAACGCGUCGGCCGCUUCCAACGAAGAUUCCGGCACUCCGAAGCGCGCGAGCAAGCAGGAGCAGCUGCAGCCGCCGCAACACCAGCCGCCGCAGCAGUUCCAGUCGCCCGGCGUCAACAGCAUGCACGACGACUCGUUCGGCGAGCCCCCUGGCAACUGGCCCCGAACUCCCGCCAGUCCGCCCACCAACAACAACAACAUUCCUUCUGGUCCCGGGAACAGCAACGAGUCCUCCUCUUCGUCCACCGGGCCGGACAAGCGACUCACUCAGAGACGUCGUUUGCAGAAACCGGAUAGCAUGAGCAAGCUGUACGAGAUGGACGAGAACCCCGAGCGGCGGCCCUGGCUGGACAAGCUGCUGCAGUUCAUGGAGGAGCGCAACACGCCCAUCAACGCGUGCCCGACCAUCUCGAAGAACACGCUCGAUCUGUUCCGCCUCUACUACAUGGUCAAGGAGCGCAACGGUUUCAUGGAGGUCACCAAAGCCAAAACGUGGAAAGACAUCGCCAUCUUGCUCAACGUGGGGUCAUCGUCCUCGGCCGCGUACACCCUGCGCAAGCACUACACGAAGCACUUGCUGCCGUUUGAGUGCCACUUUGACCGCGGUGGCAUUGACCCGCAGCCCAUCAUCAGCCAGGUGGAGGCCAGUACCAAGAAGAAACCAAAACCGACGUCAGUUCCUUCGCCAGGCUCGAGCAACUCGCAAGACUCGUUCCCGCCUCCAGGCUCAGGUUCGGCAUCGAUGGACGGCUACGGCGGCGCGUACCCAGCGUACCCUCCGUCAGGGUCAUCUUCGGGGCCAGGCGACUUUGGCUCGCAGCAGCAGGCGCCGCGGCCGUCGAGCACAGGCGACAACGUGAGCGCGUCCAACCCAUUUGACGACCCUCCUCCCAGACACCCUCAUUCCUCCUCUAGUUACGGACCGCCGCCGCCACCUCCCAGAGGCUACCAACAGCAGCCGGGUGGCUACUACGACCAGCAGCAAUACCAGCGGCCGCCAGACUUUGGGCAGCCACAGUUCGGGCCGGGCGGCCAGUAUCAGCCGCGGCCAAUGUACCCACCAUACGACGCGGAGCGGGCCGCUUAUCAGCAGGAUCCGUACCAACGGUGGCCGUCGCCGGCGGGCUACCCGCCGCGGCCAUAUCCCGCCAGCCCGCAGCAACAACAGCCGCAGCCGCCAGUGCCGCAGCCGCCGUCGGUUGCGCAGCCCGGCCAGCCGCCAGCGCCACCAGUUCCGGCAGCGGUCGGCGUGCAGCCGCCCGCGCAGCCGCCGCAGCCGCAGGGCUUCCAGCAGGACGCCUUUUACCGGCCUGACCAGCCGUACCCCCAACCGCCGCCACCGCCGCAGCAGCCGCCUCCGCAACAGUACCCGCCUGGCUCUCCUGGCGCCCCCAAUAAGACGGUGAUGCCACCGCCUCAGCAGCCGCGCCGCCACCCCGACUUCAAUAAGGAGCAGCAGCCGCCGCCGCAGCAGCCGUACUUCGGCCAUCAGCGGCCAUACGCCUGGAGCGGCCAGAAUAGCCAGUUCAGGCCUCCACCGCCAGGCUCCUUCAGCGGCCAGCAGCCGCCCCCAGGCCAGUGGAGCCAGCAGCCCCGCGGCCCACAGUGGGACCGCUUCCCUCCUAAUGCGCAGGGAUUCCAGCAGCCGCCACAGGGUCAGCAGUGGAUUCAGGGAUCAAACAUGCCAAUGCGGCCGCAGCGGCCAGCCUUCCGCGGGCCUGACCAGAAGGCAUACCCACCAGUGAUGAUGGGUGGCAAGCCGAUGCAGCCGUUCCCACCAGGCCAGCACAAGCGGGAGCACACGUUCCCGCCUGACUCGGUGGAGGCAGCGCUGCCUGUGCUCUACAAGCGGCGGCGCGUGGGCAAGGCCGACGUGGCGCCCGUGGACGCGUGGCGUCUCAUGAUGAGUCUCAAGUCGGGACUGCUCGCCGAGAGCUGCUGGGCCUUGGACGUGCUCAACGUGCUUCUAUUCGACGACCAGUCUGUUGCCUACUUUGGCCUCAACAACCUGCCUGGCAUGCUUGACGUGCUGCUCGAGCACCUCCGCAAGAGUCUGGCCGAUAUGUUUGACGAGAGCGAGGAAGACGCCAACCACAACAAGAAAUGGUACGAGGCAGCAACCCGCGAAGCAAAGGAUGUUGACCUCGGGUGCGCGCGGCCGGUGGACCUAAACGAGCGAGUGCAAGUGCUGAGCGGCCGCAACGGCCAAAACUAUUCGUUAGUCACUCGCAAAGGCGAGAAAGUGAGCGUGAUCGCGCGCGACUCAGACCCGUUCGUGGACGACUCGCGGCGCCCGUGGGACGACGAGGAAGCCACCGAGGACGCGCUGCUGCGGGCGCCACCCGGCACUGGAACCGUUGCCGGUGACGGCGGCGACGGUAUGCGCUACAUCACUGGCUGCUUCCGCGCCGAAUUCGGCAACGUGCCCUUUGUCCGCCUCAUGCCUGGCGAGGCCAAGGAGAAGCCUCCGGCGACGCCUUUGCAGGACCCAGAGCCGCCUCCGCUGUCCGCCGAGCAAAUCAAACAGGAGGAGGAAGAGGUGGAGACUGAGAAGGCAGCGACAGCCAAGGAGGAGGAGGAGGCUGAAGCCAGGGCGGCGGAAGAGUCGACGCCAACAGCGCGGCUGGAGGUGCGCGAUCCGGCCGGCUCGCUGAAGCGGAAGCGCAUGGAGGACUACGAAGACGAGGCGUACACGCGCGACGAGGCGUCGCUGUGUGUGGUGAGCGAGUCGCAGGAGGGCGUAGCGCGCCGGUGUCUGUGCGUGCUGAACGUGCUGCGCUCGCUCAGCUUCAUCCCCGGCAACGAGCUGGAGCUGGCGCGCAGCAACGCCUUCCUGCAGCUGCUCGGCAAGCUGGUGGCUCUGCACCACGAGCACCCACCGAGGCCGCCCAGGGUCAGGGCCAACUACGACCGCGACGACUCGGACGCCGAGUGCGGCGCCGACGCCUCGUGCUCGUCGCUCGCAGGCGAACAGGAGUGGUGGUGGUCCGAGCUGCACGUGAUCCGCGAGGCGGUGCUCGUCAUGAUCGCCAACAUCUCGGGCUACCUCGACCUCGGCCAGCACCCUGAAGACGUGUCCAGGCCCAUUCUCGACGGCCUGCUCCACUGGGUCGUCUGCCCGGCCGCCUACGGACAAGACUCUUUCCCCGUCUCGCAGCUCUCGCCGCAGCGCCUCGCGCUAGAGGCUCUCUGCAAGCUCUGCGUCACCGAGGCCAACGUCGACCUCUUGCUCGCUACACCCCCACACUCGAGACUAGAGAGGCUGUGCUCCACGCUCGCCAAGAUGCUCUGCAGGUCGGAAGAGCAGCCGUUGCGCGAGUUCGCGGUGAACAUGCUGCACUCGCUGGCGGCGGCGGCGUCGUCGGCGGCGCGGAUCGUGGCGAUGCAGGCGCCAACAGUGAGCCUGCUGCUGGGCUUCAUCGAGCAGGCAGAGCAGUCGGCGCUGGGCGUGGCCAACCAGCACGGCAUCCAGGCGCUGCGCGACAACCCCGAGGCCAUGGGCACCAGCCUGGACAUGCUGCGGCGGGCGGCGGCCACGCUGCUGCACCUGUCACGCCACCGCGCCAACCGGCCGCUCUUCGUGCAGCAGGAGCAGCGCCUGCUCACGCUGGUCAUGUCGCAGAUCCUCGACCAGCACGUGGCCGCCAUCUUGGCCAGGGUGCUGUACCAGUGCUCGCGCGCCGCCGAGUGCUCGUAGUGACACACACAGACUGCCCCCGUGGCCCUCGAGACGCACUUACGAAGCAGCAGCCCCCGAGUGACCAGAGAGAAAAAGAGAGAUAGAAAGAUGGAAAGCAAGAGAGCGACCGGCCGUGCGUGACCUGCGAGUACGGACCAGUGACGAGUGAGUGAGUGAGCAAAGGAGAGUGAAGCGCAGCCCGAACGAAUGCGGAGGAACACUCAGCUGGACGAAUGAAAAGCUAUGAGAUUUUAGAACGAGUUUGAUUGUUCUCUCGUGGAUGACAUUGAUGAUGAGUUAAGUUAUUUAGGAUUCUCAUUUCAAGUCUGCGAACUAGGCGUGGCUUGUGAAAGCAUUUUCCCAAUAAAAAUGAAAGUGAAUUUGUUAAAAAAA